GUCCGUGCAUGACGUGACCCGGAAGUGAAGUUACCGAUGCGUUUGUGGAGUGGAGGACUAGUCCGACCAGGUUCUGCGGUGUUCGGGUGGAUUUUCUGCGGGACGCGAUGGAGACGUUAAACAAGCUGAAGUAUCUGGACGCUUAUCCCAAAACUCUGGAGGAUUUCCGGGUGAAGACGUGGGGAGGAGCGACCGUGACCAUCAUCAGUGGCGUCAUAAUGUUGAUCCUGUUUGUCUCAGAGCUGCAGUACUACCUGACUAAAGAGGUCCACCCGGAGCUGUACGUCGACACGUCGCGAGGAGACAAGCUGAAAAUCAACAUCGACGUGAUCUUCCCUCACAUGCCCUGCGCCUAUCUCAGCAUAGAUGCGAUGGACGUGGCCGGUGAGCAGCAGCUGGACGUCGAACACAACCUGUUCAAGCAGCGCCUGGAUAAAGACCUCAAACCCGUCACCAACGAGGCAGAAAGACACGAACUGGGGAGAGCAGAUGACGGGGAAGCGUUUGACCCGAGCACACUGGACCCCAACAGAUGUGAGAGCUGCUACGGCGCCGAGACCGACGACCUAAAAUGUUGUAACACCUGCGACGACGUGCGCGAAGCGUACCGGCGCCGCGGCUGGGCCUUCAAGAACGCCGACACCAUCGAGCAGUGUAAGAGGGAAGGCUUCACGCAGAAGAUGAUGGAGCAGAAGAACGAGGGCUGUCAGGUCUACGGCUUCCUGGAGGUCAAUAAGGUGGCGGGAAAUUUCCACUUUGCUCCAGGAAAAAGCUUCCAGCAGUCCCACGUCCACGUGCACGCUGUGGAAAUACACGACCUGCAGAGUUUUGGAUUAGACAACAUCAACAUGACCCACCUGAUCAAACACCUGUCGUUCGGUAAAGAUUACCCCGGCAUCGUUAACCCUCUGGACGGGACGGACGUCACGGCGCCACAAGCGUCCAUGAUGUACCAGUAUUUUGUGAAAAUCGUCCCGACCAUCUACGUAACUACAGAGGGAGAGGUGGUAAAAACCAACCAGUUUUCCGUCACCAGGCAUGAGAAAGUUGCCAACGGUUUAAUAGGAGAUCAGGGUCUGCCGGGCGUCUUUGUUCUGUACGAGCUUUCCCCCAUGAUGGUCAAAUUCACAGAGAAACACAGAUCCUUCACACACUUCCUGACGGGAGUCUGCGCCAUCAUCGGAGGCGUGUUCACAGUGGCGGGACUGAUCGACUCGCUCAUCUACCACUCGGCGCGGGCCAUCCAGAAGAAGAUAGAGCUGGGCAAGGCGUCCUAACAGCGGCGCCCCCUGGUGGCAACGCAGACCGAGACGCUGAGAAACCAGAGGACAGAACCGGGCGGCGAGGAGGCGAGUUUGGGAGGCAGGAGGAGGCGCUUUGCCUUCCCUCCACGGCUUUGAGCCCAAACAGAGCGAGAGAGAAAUCCACAGAGGUUCCUCUGCGUCCCUGAUGGUGGAGAAGCUCAGGAGAGAAGGCGGCGGAGCUCUUUGGAUUUUCCUCUCCACCGUUAGACGUGGAGGAAGGAGACGGACUCGGACUUGUGCCGCGGAGCAGAAGCUUGGAGCAGGGAGGAGGAGGAGGAGGAUGUCCUCCAUCACUACGUUCAGUGUUGGCUAGAAGAAGUGAGGAGCAGCACUUACCUCGUUCUGACCCUGAUCAACGUUCUGGGGACAGAUUUUUAUUGCAGCUCCUCUGAUUCACCUCGUUCAGACUCUGCUGACUCUGGGGGGAUUUAAUCGUUACUCCUCAUCCGCAGCAGAAGCUCAGAAAAUAACAAGCUGACCUCUAAUAAUAAAACCCUUCAGUCCAUUCUCUGCUCCUCUGCAUCUCAGCGUUUAUCUGGUCUCUGCAGAACCAUCCAGAACCGUCAGCGGCACCACAAAGGCCCGGUUCAGCAGCACUUUGGGCCCACAGCGGUUCUGGUGGUUGUCGGUUUGAACGCCUCACAUUAACAUAACAGCUCAGUCUUUGUCUCGUCCACCAGUCGUCUCUCUGGAGGACGUCUGGCCCGUCCGUGUGGACCGCUGCAGAACCCGGUCCAGAUUGACGGUGCUGAUUCUGGUCCACGGCGACACUAAACUGGUUCCAGAACAUCUAAACCGGUUUGUUAUAAUCUGAUGGGGACCGUUUGGGUCGGAUGACUGAAGCCCGGGAAGAACCGGGUGUUGCAACAGAACAAUUAUCCAGAACUUCAGAGCUGGUUCUGGAUGCAGCAGGCUGGAGUGGACCAGACUGAGAAUGCAUGGACUCCGCUCAGCAGAGUGUUGCUGGUCCAGGUACCAGUUUAAAUGAACGGUACCGGUUCUGCCAACCAUGCUGCUGAGAGAUCCAUCUGGGAACGGUGCCAGCAGCUGGUCCGCUCGUUCUGGACUUACCGGCGCUGGUUUUCUGUCCAGUGAUCCCAUCCUGGAUGAAGAACGGCUCAAAUAAAUCAUGAAAAGCAACAGAACUAACAGAACCAUGAUGACUGGGUUUAAAAGUUCUGAUCAGAACCGUUUCUGAGCCCAUUCUGUCUGAGCUGGAUUUGGGAAACCACGACUCUGUGGAACGAUGUCAGCUUAGACCGGGUUCUGCAGCAGCUGUAGAACCGAACCAGGAACUGGACUUUUCUGCAGUGAUUCCUGGUUUGUUUGGUUUGCUGUUCACCGCUGGUAGUUACAGACCUGAAGGUUCUGGUUCUGGUUCUGUUUUCACCAUCAGCCGCCGUUUCUCUAAUCAGAGGUUUGUCUGAAAUGAACUGAACUCCGGCCCGUUGAGCCGUGAGGAGAAUCACGGAGUUCUGGACGGACGAGAAGGUCCGGGUUCUGGAACCGAAGCUGAGACGUCCGGCCUUCAGAACACCAACUGGGUUCUGGACGGGCAGAGGGGGAAAUGUAAACGCUGUGAGAAGCAGAACGUCUGAUUUCUGUCCUCUGGGCUUUUAAGCUGCCCCGGGACAGAGUUCUGGUCACGAUCGACCCGUUUUGGGUCGGUUCGGGCAAAGCUGUCCUAACAGGUAAAGAUCCAGCUUUCAGCUUCUGAUGGGUCCUCCUGAUGAGGAACGGGUCGGUACCGGGGUUCUGAAACGUAUCAGAACCAGUAGAACGUUCCACUAUAACGUUGCUGAGCUUUUGAAUCAGAUGUGUGGUUCUGCUGGUACUGGAUGGAUCAUUAUUACCAGAACUUUAGGUCCGUUUCAGGAGCAUAAACCGUGUUGUUCAGCGCUGAGGAGCUGAGGUGAAGGUUUCUGCAGGUCCAGAUGUAAACGGCUCACAUGAGACUUUGGGACCUGGAUCUGGUUCAGUCCAAACUGGGUUUGAGUCAGAACUUUGACCCGAUGGUCCAGAUCUUUUUAUUAAAGCCAGAAAGAUUCACUGAAUCACUUCCUGUCUGUUCUGCUAACGAUGACGUAUUAAAAGCCCAGACUCUCUGGUACCGGAGCGUCUCUCAGCGUGUCCGGUACCGGCAGCCGGCCCAGUAUUCCCUCUGCAAACGGACCCGCGUGCAAACAUGUUCCCUCCGUCGGUGUUUGAGUCCUCUGAGAUCCGGUCGCCGAUGAUCCGGUCGUCAACGGUUCGCUGCUGCAGCUUUGAAUCAGGGUGUGAGAGAGAGAUGUAUUUAUAUUUUGAUUGUCCACAAACAGUUUUUAAAGUGAUGAAGUAAAUGUGGAAUAAAGCAGCUCCAGCUCUA